AGUCGACGUUUGACGCCGGCAGGUCGAAGUGCACGCGGUUUUUCAUCCACGUGUAGUGAACUUCCUUGUAGUUUCCGCUUUAUAAAGUCUAAUUUGAUUAUUAAUUAACGUAGAGUCUAUCUAGCAAUUGAAACAUUUGAUGUUAAUUGUGUAACAUAAACAUUGUUUCAAAUAUAUUGGAUUCCGUUGUUUCAUUUACCCAAAAAUAGAACAAAUGCCGACUGGCAUUUUGUUGUAAACAAUUUUUUUUUAUAUAAAUAUUAUAAUUCUUCGCAUGUGUAAUUCUAUCUAUUCAACAUUUGUGUUUCUACGUAUAUGUACGCAACGUCAUAUUAAAACAAGUGCAAAAUAAAUUUUGGUUCCGGUGCCAUAUUUGUGGUGUACAUUUUACUAUCAUAUAUAUAACUGUAUAACGUCAAGUGUGAAUAGUGUGUCGGAAGUAUAUCGCAUUAUAUAUCCAUCACAGAGUAUAUAAUAACAUAACAACCGCAUAUUAUUAUUCGUAUACAUAAUGUCAAUGCAUGUGUAAAAAUAUUCUGUAAUUACGCUGCAAUGUUACUUUUUCCAUGCUUGUAAAAAAAAAAUUGUAAUUUGUUCUCACUCCCACACACUGUGGCUUUAAUUCAUUUUCUUCUGAUAAACAAGUUCGAGUUUUUUUUAAGUGUAUGGAUACGUUUUAUAACAGCUAUCGAACAGUUCUGCAUGUUCAAUGUUCAUGUUUCCAACCAAUACUCCAUACGUUCGUUUAAUAUUGAAGGAAAAAAAAUAUUAAAUUUAUUUAGAAGGGGGACACAACAUACAUGUGUAUAAUAUUCAAGUGGUUAUCACUGUGUGAGAUUAUUGUAUAGAAUCCAGUUCGAUAUUUUCAUUUCUUAUUGCGUGGAAAUAUUUGUGAGCCCUGUGAAUGUAUGUGUUUCCUUCUCCAGAAUUUUAAUAUCUCAUCAAGCCGAAUCGGGUUUUGAAUUAUAAUUCGUAAACCAUCGUGCAAUUACUUCGGUCACAUAACAUACACAUAUAGCGACGAAUAUCUCAUAUAUUUGAAAAUAAAACUGAAAGAAGAAAAAAAAAUGUUACAAACACUCUUGGAUAUGCUCCGAUCAUAAUAUUCCGGUUGGUUUGUUUAGUCAGUCUCGUUUACGCCGGCAUAAGUAAUAAAACUGAAAUGAAAAUAUAACAGAAAUUUUUUCGAAUCAAGAAAAGAGAAGAAAAAAAUUUAAAAAUUUCGUUUUUUAAAACGUCGAUGCCAAGUUUGUUUCAUUGGAGAUUGAUGAGUAAAAAAAAAGAUUUUUUUUAUAUUAUAUAUUAACAUCGUGUGAUUAAAACAUCGGUUAAAUGAACUCAAAAUGGAAUCAACGAAAUUUGAUAUAUUUAGUCAUGUGAAUUGUGCAUUCGAUUUAAUGUUAUAAGCCAAAGUCAGAUAACAACACUUUUUUAGUUCCUUACAGCAUGGAAUAGUAAGGGACUAAAUUUUAAAUAAAUUCAAAGAAAAUUCUAAUUGUGGCUUCUUCUUUCGUCUGAUUUUGUUUAAAUUGAAAAUAAAUAAAAAAGGAAAACUGAAGAGAAAAAAAAAAUUGUGUUUUGUUUACGUUUAUUUUUGUUUGUCAACGUAAACUGUUCUUCCAAAUUCAUAACAACUUAUACCAAAAAAAAUUGUAUGAAUUAUAAUUUCAUUUUAAUUUCGAUGAUUCGAAUUCAUCGGUGGGUGCAUCCGAAUACAAUAUAAAAUAAAAAGCUAUAUGUCGAAUACAUGCACAACAAUGUAUUUACUGGUUGCAUUGAAUCGUGAUUAUUAUAGAUUCAUUCAGAAAUAAUUUUUUGUCGUUUGUUAAUAAUCGUUUAGUUGUCGCAACCAGUGCUCAUUUACAUAGUAAAACAGUGAAUCAACGUGUGAUUUUUUGUUGUGUGUUUGAUGUAAAACAUAUAUUAAAAGCAUCACAUGGAAGUUUGAUUAAAAAUAAGUAACAACAAAAAAUUUAAGUUUUUAAUCGAAUAACGAUAAAUUUUGAUAUAAAAAGUGUUCAUUUCGGGAGGCACGGACACACACACAUCCGAGUCCUUCAAGUGGAAACAAAACCAAAUUGAAAAUACAACAGAAAUAUAAAAAAAAUAUUAUUAAGUGCAUGCGAUUUGUGAGCUCAAAGUUAUUAUAUUAAAAAAAAUAUAAAAUUGAUAGUGUGGCAUUUUUACCGGUUUUGUAAAUAAAAUAAAAUAAAACAAAACAAAACAAAAAAUUAACGCAAUUUUGCAUCACAUUCUAAUUGGAUUAUCGUUUUAAAAUCACCCAACAAUAAUGGAUAUAUUGCCGAGUGGAAAUAUAUUCCGAGAACUUCAGGAUAUACACGAUACAGGAUAUUUUUCGUCACAGGCUUCCAUAGAGGAUCAGUGGCAACAGACAUGCUACGAAAUGGAACGAUAUCUAAAAGACGAACCAAAAUUACAUUCAUAUAAAAAACUGUCAGCUGAAAUAGAUACACCGUGGGAUUUGUUCGCAACACCUUCACGAAUACUAGAAGAACUGAAUUAUAACGAACAUAAUUUAGAUUCCCUAUCAACCAGUUCAAUGUCUUCAGCAUGUUCGGGUGUAUCUUGGGAUAGUUCAUUAAGUUGUGCUGUGGUAGUGAAAAAGGAAAAAAUCGAAGACGACGAAGAUAAUUCGGACAGCUGUGAAGAGAAACUAGAACAUAAUUUUAGUAAAAUUCCGAUACAAAUUAAAACUGAAAAUGCAAUUGAACUGCGGUUGCUAGCGAGAACGGGGGAAUUACUACCGACGCUAACACCACCCUCGUCACCUGAAUCGAUACGAACGGCUGAAGCGGAAUUGGCGCUAUUAGGGCACCAAGGAAUCUUCAAAGUAUCUUCAUCGAGUCACCUCCCACGUAGUGCCAUUGUAAGACUGACAACUGCCGGAAAAAAUUCGGUCAGUGUAACCCGAUAUAUUCAGGUCAGCCAAAAUAUUCCAUCAGCGUUAACACAUAGAACGACAACGGAUUUAUCACCUUCGUCAGUUACAAGUAAACAUCACCAAAGACAACAUGAUCACAGUCCUGAUUCCAAAAGGAGGAUACACAAAUGUCAGUUUUUAGGAUGCAAAAAAGUGUACACGAAAAGUUCGCAUCUGAAAGCACACCAGAGAACGCAUACAGGCGAAAAACCGUACAAGUGUUCGUGGGAGGGCUGCGAAUGGCGGUUCGCUAGAAGCGAUGAACUGACACGACAUUACAGGAAACAUACAGGUGCUAAGCCAUUUAAAUGUCGUCACUGUGAUCGAUGCUUUUCUAGAUCCGAUCAUUUGGCACUACAUAUGAAACGUCACGUGUAAUGGUAUCUAUAAAUUGUAAUAAUUGAUUUUCUUUAGACGAUAAAAAUAACCUAAACAAAAUUAGGCCAAUUUGUGAGGUGAUAAGAAGAAGAAGAGAAACACAAAGAAAAUUGUUCUUUAAAAUAUUACUAGAAGAUAUCAUCAUCUUUUUUAUAUCUGUGAAUGUUUAAAUUUUACAAUCUUUACGUUUUUUGUAUUUGUACCUCCACCAUUAAAUAAAUAAAUAAAUAAAUGAUGGUCCGUUCAAAAUGUUUAAACAAUGAAGAAGAGGAAAAAAAAAUAAGAAACAAAAAUGAUGAAAACUUGUAUAAGAUUGGAAUACAGGAGACUACUUACACGUAAAACAUCACUGCCAACAAAGGGUAUGUAGAACUUCGAUAGGGGCCAGUUAUUUUUUGUUUUAUUUUGCUUUUAAUUUUUAGUACCUAUAAGGAGAUUUUAUUAAAAAAAAAAUUUGCAUUAGUUUGCGUGUUAAAAAUGAUCAAUAUUUGUUCAUUAAGAAGUGUUUUGUUUUUAUUAAAUGCAGAAACGGUAAAUUCAUAACAAAAGUCAUGAAAAUACAAAACAAAUUAAAUUAAAUGAAAAAUAAAAGAAGCAAACAAAAACACUACAACGUUACCAUAAACAAAACGAGAUAAAAGUAAUAGCAAUUAAUGAAGAAAAAAAAAAGAAUUAUUUUUGUUACCGACUAAAGUUUUUUUUAGAUUUAGUAAACAACACUGUGAUUCAGUAUAUAAUUUUCUAUUUAACGAAUUAAAUAUUUUCCAACUUUUUAAAACAAAACGUCAAUAUUAUCACACUUUUUUGUGCACGCAAAUUUCUAGUUUACUAAGGAUUACCAGCAUUAUUUUGAAGGUUUGAACUGUGCAGUUUUUUCUUAUUAUAGUCAAUCGAUUAUUUUUAUGACACAUUUCUGUAGUAAAAAGACAAGGUCUGAUGCGAAACACUCAACUCACACAAAGUAUGUAAUAUUGGUUGUUUUGCGCUGUCUGCGGCAACGCUGUGAUCGAAACCCCUAUUACACCAGCUACAUUGAAAUUUAUGAGUGUUUUGCUACCAUUCCAUCUAUUUUUGGGAAACAAUUUCUUUGAAUUGGUUUCAAUUUCUUUAAUCUUUGACACAGUUCAUUUAUAGAUACUUCCGAAAAUAUAAAGUGUUACAAAGGUACAAUUAUCACAAGAAAGCUCCGGUAACCUAUGGUUUUACCAUAGCAAGUUGCAUAUUGUACCAUUGCAACAGACAAAUGCAUUUUAGAUUUCCCUCUCCCAUAAAUCCAGAUUUUAUUUACAUCAAAAUUCGUUUCGAGACAUUUGACCUGUAAUCUCAAGCAGAAAAAAUAGUGUUACAUCCUUAGUAAACUAACGAAUUCAAAAAUAGACAGGAAAGAAAACAAUGCGACUCUUUUUUUUCAUUAGACAUUAAUGUUAUUCUCGUUCACGGGUAUUAUUUCCCCGAAUAAAACCUAAUACCAAAAAUAAAUUCCAUAGUUUUCAAAGCGAAAUUUAUGUAACCAUCAUAACAAGUACCUAAAUGUGUAAAUAACUAGGAAUUUUCUAAUGGUUAAGAAUAUUCGAUUAACAAAAAAAAUAUAAACCAUUGCUAAUUGGAACAGUACCGAAGUUAUGUCUCAUUGCAUCGAAAAUAUCACUACUCAGACUGUUGGUAUGGAAAAAGGAAUUUGGCCACCACUACAUCAUCAUUGUUAAAUUAACAAUUUUAAUAACAAACUUAUUUGAAUCUUUCUUUGCCGACACUCAGUAUUUUGUGUAUCAAUUUUAGUAGAACAAUUAAAGCUCUUCUAAACUCGUAACACACUCCGUCCAUAGAAUAAUGCGAAACGACGCGUAACUUUGUACAGUUCGUACAAUCUGAUCAAUCAAGCUUAAAAUCACUCCGUUCAUCUUCUCUAUUUCAUUCAGUAAAGUUGUUUGAACAUUUUUUUAGAGUUUCAUUGCGUUUGAUCUUCAUUCAAUUUCCAAUACAAUGCACCGAUAGACUUCAUGUCUACUUUCGAAUGUAUCAAUAAAACCAUCGAUAGAAAUUCUUCUGAUAUCGGUAUCGGUGUUCAAUUCUCUAGGGAACAAGUAUCACCUAAUGUGUUAACUGUUCA